AUGGCUACGUCAGUUGAAGGCAACAGCCACCACCCGACCGCGACGGGCGCACAGUACCCCGACCCGCCCGGCCUGGUGGUGCCGUCCGACACCAUCAAGGAGCACUUCGACCAACUCGACGCCGACCACGACGGCGCCAUCACCUGCGACGAAUUCGUCCAGGCCUUCUCCCAACUGUUCCCGGGGACGACGGAGGAGCAGGCGCGGUUCUUCUUUCGGUCGAUCGACCUCGACCGCAACGGCCACAUCGACUUUGACGAGUUCACCCGCUUCGUCGACCGCCAGACCCACUGCGGACACGGUGAAGGCAUCGGCCUCGAGAUGAAGGCCGACUCGGUGCGUGCGAUCUUCAACGCCUUCGACGCCGACGGGAACGGGACGCUGGACAAGACGGAGGUGCUCAACGCGCUCCGGAUGUGGGACCAGUCCGUCAAGAUCACCCCCGAGGACAUCAACGUCAUGUGGCCCUCGUUCGACACCAAUAGGGAUGGUGUGAUCGACUUUGAGGAAUUCUCCAAUCUGGUGCUGCGGCAGCUGCGGCAAGACCAGGCCAGCAGCAUGCUCUACAGCGACUGA